AUGUCUUCUUCGCUCCGGCUCGCAACGCAUCGCGUAGCUAUCGUCACGGGCGCCGCUCGAGGUAUUGGAAAAAGCGUUGCUCUACGCCUUGCACAGGACGGUCACGAUGUGGCGGUCGUGGACAUGCGGGGCAGUGCCGUGUACGAGGUCGAGCGUGAGAUCAAGGCACUCGGUAGACGGUCAAUGGCGCUCUACACGGACGUAUCUAAGGAUCAAGAGGUCGAGAAAAUGGUAAAUGACGUUGCGGGCAAAUUGGGCGGUGUCGAUAUAAUGGUUGCAAACGCCGGUAUAUGUCGCGCGGGGACUGUUCUGGAUACGCGCACUGAGGAUUUCAGAAACAUCAUGGACGUGAACGCGUCUGGUGUCUUCUUCUGUUAUAAGCACGCCGGGUUGAGGAUGGUCAAGCAAGGUCGUGGUGGACGUAUAAUCGGUGCUUCUUCGGGCGCUGGUAAGAUUGGCGGUAAACAUUGGUUCGCCUACAGCGCCAGCAAGUUCGCCGUACGUGGGAUGACGCAAGCCGCAGCUCUCGAACUGGCUCAGUAUAACAUCACUGUCAACGCUUACGCGCCGGGGGUGAUCGAGACCAAGAUGUCUCAGGAGCUAUUCGAAUCACUUCAGGAUCAGAGCAUUCGCUCGCAUAUCUUGGCGGCGACACCAGUGGGCCGCUUUGGAGACCCUGAUGACAUUGCCAACUACGUUUCAUGGCUCACAUCAGAGGACUCAGCCUUUGUCACCGGUCAGACAGUCAGCAUUUCCGGGGGUGCAUACUUCGAUUAG